CCGGGCCCUCCCUCCCACCCCAGGGCCAGAUGUUCAGCUGGCGGAGGCAUCGGCUGGGGGAGGGGUGCUGAGGCCGCAGCCGGCACUACUUCCCUGCCAGCAGCUUCAUUGUGUGCGCGAGGAGCGAGCGGCGGCGGAGAGCGGACGGGCGGGCGGGCGGGCGGGCGGGCGGGCAGCAGCAGCCCGAGCGCCGGGAGAGGGAGAGCGAGCGCUGGGAGCGUGCGAGGCGGCGCCCGCGGCUGCGCUCCGCCCGCGCCCGCAACUCUGCCCCCGCGCCGCCCGCCGCGCGCCGUCCCGCCGCCGCCUCCACCGCCCCGCCGGCUGCGGUCGCCGGCAGGGGUCUGCCCGGGACAGGGGUGCCCGCCCGGGGACGGUGGCAUCCCGGUGCACCCGAGAGACACGGAGCCCGCGGGGGGCGCCAGUGGCGCUGCCGUGCCCGCUCGCGGAACUGCGUGGGUAGGAGGGCGGUGGGGCUCGGGGCGCCCCGAGGGCAGGGCGCCCUCACUUCCCCCGGGGGAGCCCCCGUCCCGGAGAGCGCACAGAGCGAGCGCGCCCCGCAGCCGCACCGGAUCUUGCGCUCGUCCCCCUGCGCACCCCACUUCUACACAAACUUUUCCGACGCCCUCGCCCGUGGGGGUCGCGGAGAGCGCGGGGCUGCCCGCUGGGCUCCCGCCUCGCCGGACCCCAGCCACGCCGACCUCCUGCCUCUCGCAGCCUCAGUGGCGACCUCUCCAGGCCGGGCCGGGCACGGCACUCGCGGCGAGCGCGGCAACCCGCGGUCGCUCUCCGAAGGCUCCCGCGCCCCCCGGGGCAGCUGGGCGGGGUGAUGCCCUCGGUGAUGGAGAAGCCGAGCGCGGGCUCCGGGAUCCUGUCCCGCAGCCGGGCCAAGACGGCGCCCAACGGCGGACAGCCUCCCUCGGAGGAUGACAGCAGCGAGGAGGAGCACUCGCACGACAGCAUGAUCCGCGUUGGAACCAAUUACCAGGCUGUAAUCCCCGAGUGCAAGCCUGAGAGCCCCGCACGCUACAGCAACAAGGAGCUGAAGGGGAUGCUCGUGUGGUCGCCCAACCACUGUGUGUCGGAUGCCAAGCUUGACAAGUACAUUGCAAUGGCCAAGGAGAAGCAUGGCUACAACAUUGAGCAGGCACUGGGCAUGCUCCUGUGGCAUAAGCACGACGUGGAGAAGUCACUGGCCGACCUGGCCAACUUCACCCCGUUCCCCGACGAGUGGACCGUGGAGGACAAGGUGCUGUUUGAACAGGCCUUUGGUUUCCACGGCAAGUGCUUCCAGCGGAUCCAGCAGAUGCUGCCCGACAAGCUGAUCCCCAGCCUGGUGAAGUAUUACUACUCGUGGAAGAAGACCCGGAGCCGGACCAGCGUGAUGGACAGACAGGCUCGGCGGCUGGGGGGCCGAAAGGACAAAGAAGAGAGCGAUGAGCUCGAAGAGGGACGAGGAGCUGUGAGUGAGGGGGAGCCAGAUGCCGGAGACCCCAAGAGAGAGCCUCUGCCCUCUCGGCCUCUGAAUGCCCGCCCAGGCCCCGGGAAGAAGGAGGCCCAGGCCUCGCAGUAUCGCCACCACCCACUGAGGACGCGGCGGCGCCCCCCCAAGGGCAUGUACCUGAGCCCCGAGGGCCUCACUGCCGUGUCAGGAAGCCCAGACCUUGCCAACCUCACGCUUCGAGGCCUCGAUUCCCAGCUCAUCUCCCUCAAGCGUCAGGUGCAAAGCAUGAAGCAGACCAAUAGCAGCCUCCGCCAAGCCCUGGAGGGCGGCAUUGACCCACUCCGCCCCCCUGAGGCCAACACCAAGUUCAACUCCCGCUGGACCACAGAUGAGCAGCUCCUGGCUGUACAAGGUCCAGAUUACAUCUGUCUCAACAUCUGUGCCCCGACCCGUGCCCCCUGCACCACCCCCCCCUCCACCUCCCACCUCACUGUCCCAGCCGCCCCCACUGCUGAGGCCACCUUUGCCCACGGCCCCUACCCUGCUUCGCCAGCCGCCCCCACUCCAGCAGGGCCGCUUCCUCCAGCCCCGGCUGGCCCCCAACCAGCCCCCACCGCCUCUUAUCCGCCCAGCUGUGGCUGCCUCCCGCCACAGUGCCCGCCCUGGCCCUCAGCCCCCACCCACCCUGAUUGGAGCCCCCCUGGAGCCUCCAGCCCCCUCACUCUGAGCCCUGAAGCCCUCCACCCAGAGGCUCCAGAACACCUUUGCUGGAUGUGUUGGGCACCCCUGGCUUCACUGACGACAGAAGGGACUAGAACUCUUGCCAGGUCUUUCAAAGACCCACAGCUGCUGACCAUCUUGGACAGACCAGCAGUUCUGACCCGUCCGGCAGCUGGCCCAUCUCCCACAGCCCAACCGGGGUGGGGCUCAGGGCCCAGGGCCUCUGAGCUGGCCUGUGGGCACUGCUCUUCCUGGAGGGGCGCAGGGGCUGCCUCCUAGUCAGCUGGAGUUUGCCCUUUGGCCCUAGCCUUUGUGUAGAGGGGGUCCUGAUCGUAGCUUGGGGGGCGGGGGAGGACAUUGUGGCCUGUUGGCGGUUCUUCCUCUUCCCUUCUUUUAGCAAUAAGUCUGGGGUGAGGUAGGGAGGGGCUGGAGGGGGGAGGGGGCCGACAGUCCCCUGGGGCUUGACAGCAGCUGAGACUUAAGGGGCAGCUCUCCCGGCUUUGGCCACACAAGAGGCCUCCAGGGAAGUGCUGAGCUCUGAGGGUGCCCACUUCACUCGCCACCUGAAAGCUUAGAGAAAGGAACAGAUGCAGACAUGGGUUUAUUUUUCAAUGUUUUUUAAAGAAAUAAAACCUUCCAAGCUCA